AUGGGGUUUUUCCAGACAAAGUGGAUCACCACGCAAGAUGACCUCAUAAUAAUUACCAGAUCCACCAACGUGGGCCACGUUCGCACCAACACCGUGAAGAAGGUGGCCCGGGUCAUCGCUGAGAAGUACUACACAUGCCUAGGCAACGACUCCCACGCCAAUAAGUGCGUGUGCAAGGAGACCACCGCUAUUGCCAACAAGAACCUCUACAGCGAGAUAGCAGUUGAUGUCACUCAACGGGUGAAGCAGAUUCAGAGAGGCCCGGGAAGCGGGAUCUCCAUUAAGUUGCAGAAGGAAGAGAGAGAAAGGAGAGAUCAUUAUGUUCCUGAGGUCUCAGUCCUGGAUCAGGAGAUCAAUGAAGUAGAUCCUGACACUGAGGAAAUGUUGAAGCUCUUGGACUUUGGCAGUCUGUCCAGCCUGCAGGUCACACAGCCUACAGUUGGCAUGAACUCCGGGACACCACGUGACUCCUUCUGCUGUGCUCCGAUAUCGUCAAUAAACCUUGGACGAAAACAGCAACAACAAAUUCCCAAAACGGAUAAAGAAAGUUGUGAUUCGCCAUGA